AUGGAUUCAUCAAUGGAAUAUCUCACCGAUCUCGAGGGAACACAGGUCUCGUUUGAUGCCGUUGCGGGAACCACCAAAUGGAUAAUACUUGAGAAGCUCGGCGAAGAGUGGAAUCGCCUAACAAAGGAAGACAUCGCCGCGGAGAUCGGGCCCUCAGAUACCGCUGGCAAGUUCCUAUGUCGACCUGCCAGUGAGGAAGACGACAACAGGCGCGCAUUUUUACGCAUUUACAAACAGGUUCCUAUAGCUGGAACUGAAACGAAGAAGGCCGCCAUACGGGCUAGCCAGGCCGUCGACACCCCUCCUGACCACCUAGAACUGAUCGCUUUCCAGACAUUCAUGAAGCUAGACUGUGACGUUGUUCCUCGACUACUAGCCUAUCAACAGCACCAGCAAGAUCAGGACGAGGGUGUUCCUGGGGGAUACAUCACGUACGUUCUAUGGGAAAAAGUCGCCGGCGAGUCUCUUAAUUUGACCGAAUUCUGGAGACUCCCCUUUGACGAUCGCCAGGCCAUCCGCGAUAAGUUUCGCCAAGUCUAUACAAGGUUUUCACUGUGUGGGUACAUGCCAUCUAUGGCUGGUCCAUCGAAGAUCAUUUAUGACAAGUCUAGUGGUCAAAUGCACAUCUGCGGAUUCAAACACGCAUGUCCGUUUGACGAACCUCAACAGUGGGAUGAUGUCAACUACUUCCAAUACGGACUCAUCCAACCCUCCGAUAGCAGAUUCGACUGGGAAGGGACACCACCCGAAACAGCGGAUUGGAUCGAAGAUGUCGACGGCUGGACGUGGUGA